GCCGCGGCGCUCGGGCGCACGGUGCGGGGCGCACGCCGAGGCUCGGAGACCGCGGAGGCAGGAAACGGCGCUACCGCUCCUCGGCCGGGGCUCUUUGUUGUUCCAUCGGGGGGUCCCCAGAAGUGGCUGAGCCGCCUCGGAAAGCCCGGGCCGAAGGGAGCGCACCUCGGAAUCCCUACGUCUGCCAAGGACUCGGAGAGACUGACCGGCGGCCGGAAGGGUCGAGAGAGUCAUCGCUCUGAAAACUGCCGGCGGAUGCGCUCACGUUGCUUAUAUUAAGCCUUUGUGUGUGGUGUGUGGCUUCCCACAUUCGGGGUCCCCAUUUCUGCACCCCCCCUCUUGGCAUGAGACUGUAUACAGGAUCCACCCGAGGACAAUGAUCGCGGAGCCUGCUCACAUUUACCUCUUUGGAUUAAUAUGUCUCUGUUCAGGCUCCCGUCUUCGCCAGGAAGAUUUUCCACCCCGUAUUGUUGAGCACCCGUCAGACCUAAUUGUCUCCAAAGGCGAACCUGCAACUCUGAACUGUAAAGCCGAAGGCCGCCCCACGCCCACCAUCGAGUGGUACAAAGGGGGCGAGAGAGUGGAGACGGACAAAGAUGACCCUCGCUCUCACCGCAUGCUGCUGCCCAGUGGAUCUUUAUUCUUCCUCCGCAUCGUACACGGCAGGAAAAGCCGGCCAGACGAAGGGGUGUACGUCUGCGUCGCCAGGAACUACCUGGGCGAGGCCGUGAGCCACAACGCAUCGCUGGAGGUCGCUAUUCUGCGGGAUGACUUCAGGCAAAACCCUUCCGAUGUCAUGGUGGCCGUGGGGGAGCCGGCCGUGAUGGAGUGCCAGCCUCCGCGAGGCCAUCCCGAGCCCACCAUUUCCUGGAAGAAAGAUGGCUCUCCUCUGGAUGAUAAAGAUGAACGAAUAACUAUACGUGGGGGAAAGCUCAUGAUUACUUACACCCGUAAGAGUGAUGCUGGCAAAUACGUUUGUGUUGGUACCAACAUGGUUGGGGAACGUGAGAGUGAAGUUGCCGAGCUGACGGUUUUAGAGAGACCCUCCUUUGUGAAGAGACCUAGCAACUUGGCGGUGACUGUGGAUGACAGUGCAGAAUUUAAGUGUGAGGCCCGAGGUGACCCGGUGCCAACGCUCAGGUGGAGGAAAGAUGAUGGAGAGCUACCCAAAUCCAGAUAUGAAAUUCGAGAUGAUCAUACCUUGAAAAUUCGGAAGGUGAUGGCUGGAGAUAUGGGCUCAUACACAUGUGUGGCAGAAAAUAUGGUGGGGAAAGCUGAAGCGUCAGCUACUCUGACUGUCCAAGUUGGGUCUGAACCUCCACAUUUUGUGGUCAAGCCCCGGGACCAGGUGGUUGCCAUGGGGCGAACUGUAACUUUUCAGUGCGAAGCAACUGGAAACCCACAACCAGCAAUUUUUUGGAGGAGAGAGGGGAGUCAGAAUCUGCUUUUCUCAUAUCAGCCACCACAAUCAUCCAGCCGGUUUUCUGUCUCCCAGACUGGUGACCUCACUAUUACUAGUGUCCAGCGAUCUGAUGUGGGUUAUUAUAUCUGCCAGACAUUGAAUGUUGCUGGAAGUAUCAUCACAAAAGCAUAUCUGGAAGUUACUGAUGUGAUUGCGGACCGGCCUCCCCCAGUCAUUCGACAAGGACCGGUGAAUCAGACUGUAGCAGUGGAUGGCACCUUAGUCCUCAGCUGUGUGGCCACAGGCAGUCCGGGGCCCACGAUUCUGUGGAGAAAGGAUGGAGUCCUUGUUUCGACCCAAGAUUCCCGAAUCAAGCAACUGGAGAGUGGGGUGCUGCAGAUCCGAUAUGCCAAGCUGGGCGACACUGGUCGGUACACCUGCAUUGCAUCUACCCCUAGUGGUGAAGCAACCUGGAGUGCAUACAUCGAAGUUCAAGAAUUUGGAGUUCCCGUUCAGCCUCCAAGACCCACCGACCCAAAUUUAAUCCCUAGUGCCCCCUCAAAACCGGAAGUUACAGAUGUCAGCAGGAACACCGUCACAUUGUCAUGGCAACCCAAUUUGAAUUCAGGUGCUACUCCAACGUCCUAUAUAAUAGAAGCCUUCAGCCAUGCAGCUGGCAGCAGCUGGCAGACGGUAGCAGAGAACGUGAAGACAGAAACGUUUGCCGUUAAAGGACUCAAACCUAAUGCGAUUUACCUUUUUCUUGUGAGAGCGGCGAACGCCUAUGGAAUUAGUGAUCCAAGCCAGAUAUCCAAUCCAGUGAAAACACAAGAUGUUCCUCCGACGAGCCAGGGCGUGGAUCACAAGCAGGUGCAGCGGGAGCUGGGCAACGUGGUACUGCACCUCCACAACCCCACCAUCCUCUCGUCCUCGUCAAUCGAAGUACACUGGACAGUAGACCAACAGUCUCAAUAUAUUCAAGGCUACAAGAUUCUCUAUCGGCCAUCUGGAGCUAGCCACAGUGAAUCGGAGUGGCUAGUCUUCGAAGUGAGGACCCCAGCCACAAACAGCGUGGUUAUCCCUGAGCUCAGAAAGGGAGUCAGCUAUGAAAUCAAGGCCCGCCCUUUCUUUAAUGAAUUUCAAGGAGCUGAUAGUGAAAUUAAACUUGCCAAAACCCUGGAAGAAGCACCUAGUGCCCCACCCCAAGGUGUAACGGUGUCAAAGAAUGAUGGAAACGGAACUGCGAUUCUUGUUACUUGGCAACCUCCUCCAGAAGACACUCAAAACGGGAUGGUCCAAGAGUAUAAGGUUUGGUGCCUGGGCAACGAAACGCGUUACCACAUCAACAAGUCCGUGGACGGCUCCACCUUCUCCGUGGUCAUCCCGUCUCUGGUGCCGGGGGUCCGAUACAGCGUGGAAGUGGCGGCCAGCACCGGAGCCGGGCCCGGGGUGAAGAGCGAGCCGCAGUUCAUCCAAUUAGAUUCUCAUGGAAACCCCGUGUCACCUGAAGACCAAGUCAGCCUGGCUCAGCAGAUUUCGGACGUCGUGAAGCAGCCCGCGUUCAUCGGCGGGAUCGGGGCGGCCUGCUGGAUCAUCCUCAUGGUCUUCAGUAUCUGGCUCUACCGACACCGCAAGAAGAGGAGCGGACUUACCAGCACCUACGCGGGCAUCCGGAAAGUCCCGUCUUUUACCUUCACACCAACAGUCACUUAUCAGAGAGGAGGUGAAGCUGUGAGCAGUGGAGGCAGACCAGGACUUCUCAACAUCAGUGAACCUGCCGCCCAGCCCUGGCUGGCAGACACGUGGCCCAAUACUGGCAACAAUCACAAUGACUGCUCCAUCAAUUGCUGCACAGCAGGCAACGGGAACAGCGAUAGCAACCUGACAACGUACAGUCGCCCAGCUGAUUGUAUAGCCAAUUAUAACAACCAACUGGAUAACAAACAGACAAAUCUGAUGCUCCCUGAGUCAGCUGUUUAUGGUGAUGUGGACCUUAGUAACAAAAUCAAUGAGAUGAAAACCUUCAAUAGCCCAAAUCUGAAGGACGGGCGUUUUGUCAAUCCAUCAGGGCAGCCCACUCCUUACGCCACCACCCAGCUCAUCCAGUCCAACCUCAGUAAUAACAUGAACAAUGGCAGCGGGGAUUCGAGCGAGAAGCACUGGAAGCCGGCGGGACAGCAGAAACAAGACGUGGCGCCAAUUCAGUACAAUAUCAUGGAGCAAAACAAGUUGAAUAAAGAUUACCAAGCAAAUGACAGCAUGCCUGCAACCAUUCCAUACAACCAGUCGUAUGACCAGAACACGGGCGGCUCGUAUAACAGUUCAGACCGGGGCAGCAGCACGUCUGGGAGUCAAGGGCAUAAGAAAGGGGCACGGACACCCAAAGUACCAAAACAAGGCGGCAUGAACUGGGCAGACCUGCUUCCUCCCCCCCCUGUGCAUCCUCCACACAGCAACAGUGAAGAGUACAAUAUUUCUGUGGACGAAAGCUAUGACCAAGAAGUGGCAUGCCCGGUGCCACCAGCAAGGAUGUAUUUGCAACAAGAUGAACUAGAAGAGGAGGAAGAUGAAAGAGGCCCUACCCCCCCGGUGAGAGGAGCAGCUUCUUCUCCAGCUGCUGUGUCCUAUAGCCAUCAGUCCACUGCCACUCUGACCCCCUCCCCACAGGAAGAACUCCAGCCCAUGUUACAGGACUGCCCAGAGGAGAUUGGCCACAUGCAGCACCCACCGGACCGGAGACGGCAGCCCGUGAGCCCCCCGCCGCCCCCGCGGCCCAUCUCCCCGCCGCACACCUACGGCUACAUCUCCGGACCCCUGGUCUCCGACAUGGACACGGACGCGCCGGAAGAGGAGGAGGACGAAGCGGACCUGGAGGUGGCCAAGAUGCAAACCCGCAGGCUUUUAUUGCGUGGCCUGGAGCAGACCCCCGCCUCCAGUGUUGGCGACCUCGAGAGCUCCGUCACGGGCUCCAUGAUCAAUGGCUGGGGCUCAGCCUCCGAAGAGGACAACAUUUCCAGCGGCCGCUCCAGCGUCAGCUCGUCCGACGGCUCCUUUUUCACCGACGCCGACUUCGCCCAGGCGGUGGCCGCGGCCGCAGAGUACGCGGGUCUGAAAGUGGCCCGACGACAGAUGCAGGAUGCUGCGGGCCGCCGACAUUUUCACGCAUCUCAGUGCCCUCGCCCCACCAGCCCUGUAUCUACAGACAGUAACGUGAGCGCUGCCGUCCUGCAGAAGGCCAGGCCGGCCAAGAAACAAAAGCACCAGCCAGGACAUCUGCGCAGAGAAGCAUACACAGAUGAUCUUCCACCCCCUCCAGUGCCACCACCUGCUAUAAAGUCCCCCACUGUGCCGUCCAAGGCACAACUGGAGGUACGGCCUGUAAUGGUGCCAAAGCUCCCUCCGAUUGAAGCAAGAACAGACAGAUCAUCUGAGAGAAAAGGAGGCAAUUACAAGGGGAGAGAAGUACUGGAUGGAAGACAAGUUCCUGACAUGCGGACAAACCCAGGUGAUCUUCGAGAAGCACAGGAACAGCAAAAUGACGGGAAAGGACGAGGAAAUAAAGCAGUAAAACGAGACCUCCCACCAGCAAAGACUCAUCUCAUCCAAGAAGAUAUCCUACCCUACUGUAGACCUACUUUUCCAACAUCCAAUAAUCCCAGAGAUCCCAGUUCCUCGAGCUCAAUGUCAUCAAGGGGAUCAGGAAACAGACAAAGAGAACAAGGAAAUGUAGGUCGAAGGAAUAUUGCAGAAAUGCAAGUUCUUGGAGGAUAUGAGCGAGGAGAAGAUAAUAAUGAAGAACUAGAGGAGACUGAAAGCUGAAGACAACCAGAGAGGCUCGUGAAAUCUAAUGUGAAAAUGAUCACUCAAGAUGCCUCUUGUCUGAUGACACAUGACGCCAGAUCACAUGUUCAGUGCAAUCCGAGUGUACAGAUUGUCCUCUUUAUUCCUCUUACUGGAAUACCGUUCUUAAAGAUUUCACUGGGGUUUUAUUGUUGUUUGCUUCUGUCCCUAAAGAACCACCCUGACCUUCCUUCACUGUUGGAAUCAACCAUCCACCUUAUUUCCAGCAGGGGAAGUGUACUGACCCCAUGCUUCCACCAUUGGCCAGCCGGGAAGAACCAAAUGGUUCUUUUGUGCAUUGGCCCCGGAGAUAAUGGCAUUGCACUGCUUAUAUACCAAGCCAAUUGACAGCGACAUCGUGAUCAAAGAUACAAAGUUGAUCCAUCAACUUCAUGCCAAGGGCUUUCAAAGUAUAAUCUUUCUAUAACCAACAGCUAAUGCAAAUGAAAACACACUUCAGUUGGGCAUUUUUUUAAAAAUCAAUUUUUCCUACACCCUUUGUUGGGAGAUGCUUAAAAAUAUAGCAAAUGCAGAACAACCACAAAGCCAUUUGAAUGGGGUAGAACACAUUGUAAAUAUAUGCUCUCUGCACCCUCUGGUGGUACUUUAUUUUGUGGUCAUUUCAGCCACUGAAGUAUAUUCUUGGGAAUGUACUUUUGGGUAAAUAGGAGGAAGCCAGUUCGAUCUCUGGCUGUCUAGUCAUUGUCACAAUGAGGCUAGCAAAAACUGCAUUCUAUUCCAGCAAAAAGCAACGGUAAAUGCCUAUCGCAAGCAAACAGAUGCUUUCAUGACCCAGGGAAUAAGGACAUCCCUAUUUUAACUGGCCCAAAUUUCUUCUGGUAGUGUCACAGUUCGACUUUCAGAAGUGCCACUUACAGAAGUUUCUUUAAUUUUUGUUUUUGUAAUGCACUGUUUUAAUCUUUUUUUUUUUUUUUUGGUUUUAAAAGCACAAUCACUAAACUUUAUUUUUAAACCAUUGUAACUAUUAACCUUUUUUGUCUUAUUGAAAAAAUGUUGAGAAGUGUUUUUAACCUGUUUUUUUAUUGCUCUAUGUUUGUAUUUGGAAUAUUUGAAUGAUGACAGAUGGUGAAGUAACUUGCAUCCUUUAUUGUGGCCCAUAAAUGUAAUGGCUCUUACUUUUCUUGGACUUAAGAAAAAGUUCAAGUUUAUUGUGGCCGAAGUCAGACUUACAUGAUUGUUUCAUAAGCGCAAACAGAAGCGUUCCCUGCUUUCAAUUGCCAAAUGAUGCCCUCUAACAGUCGAUUUUCAUGACCUUCUUUUGUCAUUAUAAAAAUCUCAUUGACUUUCUAAUUGGUGCUAUUUGAGGAAAAACAAAUUACACUUAUUCCUACACAGGCAUCAGGCCUGGUCCCAUUGGAAAAUAAAGCCAAACAAAACUGAACCACAAUAAAGUAAAGUAAAAAGCUGAUAGUCACCAAAAACUAAAUGUGUUCAUUUAGAUAAUUUGAAAGGGUUGCAUAGAAAGAGUGUCACGACUAAGGGAACAAUCCACGUGAUGAUGUUUUCUUUAUGUUCAUGUAAGAAGCCUCUUCUUUUUAGCCAUAAUUUUGCAUAUUGAGAAUCCAAUAAUCAGAAAAGUAAUUUUGUCACCUUAUUUAUUAAAAACGUUCUCAAAUACAUCA